AUGUCCAAGCCCCAAGUUCUUAUCUGCGCCAACCCGACCAAGGGUGUUGUCUGGUCCAAGGAGGAGCAGAAGUCGAAGCUUGGCGCUGUCGCUGAGGUCUUUGAGUUCGACUCCAAGACGCGCGAGGCCUUCUUCGAGGACUGCAAGGGCAAGUACAGCAAAAUUGUCGCCAUUUACCGACACAACGACUCGGUAGCCAGCAUCGGCCUGUUCGACAAGGAGCUCAUUAAUGCGCUCCCCAAGAGCUUGAAGUACAUCUGCCACAACGGUGCUGGAUACGACCAGAUCGACGUGGACGCAUGUACCGCCCGCGACAUCCAGGUGUCCCACACUCCCAUGGCCGUCGAUCACGGAACAGCCACCGUCGGUGCCUACCUCACCAUCUCUGCUCUGCGUCAAUUCCACCGCGCCGAGGUGAAUGUCCGGAACGGCAAGUGGAAGGGCGGUCUCAUACCCGCUCGGGAUCCCCAGGGCAAGGUCCUCGGUAUCAUCGGUAUGGGCGGUAUCGGAUCGACCAUGGCUCGCAUGCUCAUUCCCUUCGACAUGACCGUCAUCUACUACAACCGUCGCGAAAUCACCCCCGCCUGUGACUUCCCAUGCGAGUACGUCUCGUCCCAGGAAGAACUCCUGCGGAGGUCGGACGUCGUCUCCCUCAACUUGCCUCUGAACGACAAGACCAAGGGCAGCUUUGGCCGUGAACAGUUCAGCCAGAUGAAGGAUGGAAGUGUGCUCGUGAACACUGCGCGAGGGGCUGUGGUCGAUGAGGAGGCGUUCCUUGAGGCUUUGGACAGCGGCAAGCUCUUCUCCGCCGGUAUUGACGUCUUCCCGGACGAGCCCAACGUGAACCCCCGUCUCGUCAACAAUGACAAGAUUACCCUUCUCCCCCACAUGGGUACCGAGACCCAGGACUCGCAGAAGAAGAUGGAGAUCCGAGUGUUCGAUAACAUGAUCUCGGCUGUGACUGGAAAGGGCUUGAUUAACCAGGUCCAGGAGCAGAAGAAGUGA